UAGAAUUUGUACAGAAAAUGUGUAUUCCAGAUCUGGACUGGACUUCAAAAUGCAACAGGCCAUAGUGAAAAUACUGUUUCAUCUUUUAUACAACAAAUGCUGUGCGACGAAAAUUGGUGUUUCAAGACAUUUCUUGUCCGCAGAGACUUGAGUUUGUGUGCACGACAACUAUCUCUUCAUUAUGACGGAAUCAUAUGGCAACAUCUUGCCAAAACAUGCUAUUUAUCCAUCAUCAGGGGCAAGUCCUUAUCUGAUUCUUUUGGUGGUGUUCAAGUUUUUACGGGCUGUGGGCCUGUUUAUGUCCUAUGAUUUACUCAAACUAAUUCCAGUUGUUCAGUUCCUUUUUAUUAUAAAAGCAGGGAGUACUAUACCACUACUACUUCUCCAAAAACCAUUUUCAUCAGGAAAGAAACUGUCAAAUAACCAUUGGUUCCGAGUUUUAAGACAUGCACUGUUUGGAGGGCUGAUUAAUCUGCUCUGGCUGUUUGGAUUGACACUUUGUGGUCCCUUAAGAACAAUCCUUCUUUUUGAACACAGUGAUCUAGUUAUAAUAGCAGGAGCAUGUGCUCUUUUUACAAACAAUGGAGGAGGCCCCUCAAAGAUGAGAGGGGCUAUAUUUUUCAUUAUAGCUGUGAUCACUCUAUUACUUUUUGACCAUGACGAGAGAUUGGAUAAUCUAGCUGUUCAUGAAUCUAAUGAAAUACAUCAAAACAUCUUCACACACUUAUUCUAUCCCGUUGUUAAUUUCAUUGGCUGGUCAGAUCACAAGGGAGGUGUAGUCCUGCUGGCGAUAACCCUGUUUACACAUGUAGGGUACAGCAGUGCAUCAAAGAAAUUGUCAGUAGACAUUGGUGGCUCAAAACGACUCCAUGCUCUCUCUACAUUAGUGCAGGCAAUAUUGCUCUUUCCUUGGAUGCUCUUUAUGCACUUUACAAGAGAGAGCUACAUUGAGUCAUGGCUUUAUCUCCUUUUUCCCUUAACACUGGUGAUUCUGUUUGUAUUCGUGGUAGACUUUUAUAUUGAGGCGGUUGUAACAAACCACCUCCAGCCUCCAAAGACAUCAGUGUAUGGUACAUACGCGAUCAUACUUAGUGCUCUGUUUCUUGGCCUGACAUGGAACCAUCCAAUGAUGGCACAGAUAACAACACUACACAAGUUACGGGACAUCAUCACAGAGGACCAUGUUCUGUCAGGGGGUGUGGUCCUUAGUCUGAUGACCUUCCUUCUUGCUUCCAGUAUACUUGGCUUCCCUAGUAAGCCAGGUAAAGGUGGGAGUUUUGUCGGCUAUUCUCCCGCUGGAUUACCUCUCUAUAGCUUUACAGGUGAUGCUUUACAUAAAACUUCACACUCAGUGCUGUCCGUCAUCAAAAAUGGGCUGCGUCAGAUAUUGGAGGAUUCUAAUUCACGAAAAAUAUUUUAUUUCUUGUGUAUUAAUUUAAUAUUUACAUUUGUUGAGCUGGUGUAUGGGGUUUGGACCAAUAGCUUAGGCCUAAUAUCUGAUGGCUUCCACAUGUUAUUUGACUGUUCCGCGCUGGUCAUGGGACUGUAUGCAGCCAUCAUGAGUAGAUGGAAAGCAACUCGCAUAUUCUCCUAUGGGUAUGAUCGAGUGGAGGUACUGUCUGGGUUUAUAAAUGGCUUGUUCCUUGUUGUAAUUGGAAUAUUUGUAUUUACUGAGGCUAUUGAGCGAUUACAUGAACCCCCAGUGGUCAAAACAGAAAAGCUUCUAACAGUAUCUGUGAUAGGAUUACUAGUAAAUCUAGUCGGUAUAACAGCCUUCCGCAGCUCACACACUCACGGUCAUGGUGGACAUGGCCACAGUCACGGCGGAGGUCACAGUCACCAUGGAGACCAACAUGGUCACUCACAUGGUGCACCUAGUCAGUCUGAUCAUAAUAUUAAUAUGGAGGGUGUUUUCCUGCAUGUGUUAGCUGACACCAUGGGCAGCGUGGGUGUGAUCAUAUCUUCUUUGUUGAUUGAAAACUUUGGCUGGAACAUUGCAGAUCCAAUUUGCUCACUUUUCAUUGCUACCAUGAUAUUGUUGAGUGUUAUGCCAUUACUGAAGGAGACUUCAGUGAUCCUUCUCCUUAGAAUGCCAGUCAAAAUAGAGAGGGAACUACCUACAGUAUGCAGAAAGAUAUUGACAAUUGAAGGUGUGGUGUCAUACAGGGAACCAAAGAUCUGGUCUCACACUGCUGACAAAAUAUUUGGUAGUAUACACAUACAAGCAACCCCUGAUGCCAGUGAACAAAAGGUAGUAGCUCAGGUGAGCAGUGUAUUCAAGGAGAUUGGUGUGACCAAUCUGACCGUCCAGGUAGAAAAGGCAAGUUACUUUCUCCACCUGUCUGGACUUGGUGCUAAUUUCAGCGACAUGGCCAACAUGAGCAGCAACUUUAAAGCACAGCCUGUUUCCCUGGAGGAUAUAAAAUCUAUAUAAAGUAUUAUUUGUUGACAGGUCUCAAUCAAUCAAUACUUAACAGUUAGACCACUACAUAAUACCGGUGGAUACAUUUAUAUUUUCAUCAAGAACUGACUUUUUACAGAAGGUAUCUGGGAAGGGAAAUGUGAAAAUGAUCAAAUUGCAAGUUGUUCAUAUCAUCAUUGUGAGGUUAAACAUACCAUUUUUAAAUGACUGUUAAGCUGUAAGUAGGAUAUUAGCCAAUAUGAAACCAAAUUCUUCCAACAGCAGCACCUUUGUAAAGACACUUAAAAGUACCCAAAAAACCAGUGAAACUUUAUUCCUCAUGAAAAUUAAUCAUUUUACUGUAUUAAGAUGAUAAUCUCUUGGUAUUUUUUAACAAAAUUUUGACAAAAUUAAAUCUUAACUUUUAUUUGAAUUUUUCAAUAAUAUGCUUGAAAGUCAGGAAACAGGUGAUUUUAUAAGGAUUUCAGUAGAUCUAUCUAUGUCCAAUAUCAGGUUGACCUGACAAUAUCAGUUGAGCUGGCAACACCGUGAAUGUAUUUCAUGUGGUCAUAUCAUCUUUGUUUUACAAACUACAAUAAUGCCUUCAAGUUCAACACAACAACUUAACAUACCUCUUCAGAAUCUUUGUCCCAGUUAAAUGGCUACAUAAUGGUGGCCAGUUUUAAUGAAAAUAUCAGAAUAAAUCCAGGUAUUAGAUUGUAAAUAUAUCUUUGUAUCAUCAUUAACAAUGAAAAUAAAAAUAAUGUAGAAGAAACGAUAUUCUUUGAAAUCCUAUUUUGAAAACGUAAUUCCUAGUUCAUUGUAGAGCUGGUAAAUUGAAGGUAUAUUUUAGCAGGAAUUAGAACUUGCAAUGUUUACAAUCAGGUAUAUUUAAAUUUAAAUAGAUAAACAAUACUGUAAGACUUAUGACUGAUUGAUAAAUAUUCAGUUGUCUUAUAUUGAAUUCAAGGAGACCAAUCAAAAAAAUUGCAUUCUUAAAUUUAGUUAAAAUGAUACCUAACAGACUUAAGAAAACAACUUAUGGACCAAACAGUAUAAAAGGAGAAAAAAUUCAAACUGCACCUGAACAACAAACAUAUUUCUUAGCUGAAUCAUUCAUACAGAGCAUAGGUUAGAACAAACUAGCUGUAUCUGAUGUUUACUCUUAAUGAUUGGACUAAUCAAGAUUCAGUUUUUAACAGCUAGCGUCAUCCUUGAGGCUCAAUAGAUUCUUUAGAAUAUGUGAUUUUACUUUUUAUUAAACCUUUUUUUCUGAUAUUGAGUUGUUGCAUUGGAUGUGAUAUUUUUCUGUAAUCUCUUUCAUUGUAUUGAUGAGCUGUGUUCUUGGUCAUAAAACAUAGACCCAUACAAUUUUUAUGUAUCAAAAUGUAUUGUGUAAACUCAGGCUUAGUGUUUUUCAGUUUGUGUUUCACAUAUUUAUUCAACGUAAUCAUUAA